GCCGCUUUAAAAAUUCGAAUCCGAGGGUAAUGAUUUAUCAAACUCUUAUUAUCACAAAAAUGUCAUAGGAAGGGUACCUUGCUAUGCACUGACGCAAACCCAGUCUUUCUCACGGAGCUAUAGAAAGCUUUGCUCUUAACGGAGCAAAAUUCACUCCACCCUUUUCGCCCCAGCUCCUGCAGCCUUCUAUCUCUACAAGAUUUUGUCCGAUGCUAUUGUAAAUAUGGAUUACGCCUAUCCCAAGGAGAUGAGCGAGCAGCUGGUUCAGAGCCCUGACGUGGUCGCCCCUGGGCCACUGGAGAGGGCAAGAAUCCACAGAAACAGUCCCGAAACCGAACAGCCGCAGAACUUCCAGUCCCAAGUCCCACCUCAGCUGGCUAAAAUGGCCUCAGCUCUCUCAGGCGACAGCCACUCUUUGCCCUCCGACGAAGGGCAACCCAAAAAGACCGAGCGCACCAAAGUUGGGAUCGGCAAAAUCGCCUCGGCACAAGGCAACCCCCCAGCCGACCAAGAUCCCCCCGAUCCUUGCACGCUCAAGAAUGCCCCCUGCGCAGGGAAUGCCGCACCAGCUAACAUUGCCCCCUGCAAAAUCGUUCCCUUGCAAAGCGCGGUUGGGCCGGCUAAUCAAAGUCUUGGUAAGAGCGUGCUGGAGCCAAACAAUACCAAGGCCGGCUGGGUGAACAUGAGCCAGAGUACCGUGGUGUUGGGCACAGAUGGAAUCGCAUCUGUUCUGCCUGGCACCAUCACUGAGCAGGAGGACGAUGAAGGAGAUGAAAAUAAAGCCCGGGGCAAUUGGUCUAGCAAGCUGGACUUCAUCCUCUCCAUGGUGGGUUAUGCAGUAGGGCUGGGCAAUGUCUGGAGGUUCCCGUACCUGGCCUUUAAGAAUGGGGGAGGUGCAUUUCUUAUUCCCUAUUUGACAAUGCUGGCUCUGGCUGGAAUUCCUAUCUUUCUCUUGGAAGUUUCUCUGGGACAAUUUGCUAGUCAGGGACCUGUGUCUGUCUGGAAAGCCAUCCCUGCCUUACAAGGUUGUGGCAUUGCAAUGCUGAUUAUCUCUGUCCUAAUAGCCAUAUAUUAUAAUAUUAUAUUGUGCUAUACACUUUUCUACCUUUUUGCAUCCCUUGUACCUGUAUUACCUUGGGCUUCCUGUAAUAAUCUGUGGAAUACACCUGAUUGUAGAGAUAAAAACAAACUUUUGUUAGAUUCCUGCAUCAUUGGUGACCAUCCCAAGUUGCAAAUAAAAAACUCUACUUCUUGUAUGAGUGCCUAUCCAAACUUGACAAUGGUCAAUUAUACCAGCCAUGUCAACAAGACUUUUGUCAGUGGCAGUGAAGAAUAUUUCAAGUACUUUGUGUUGAAGAUUUCUGCAGGAAUUGAAUAUCCUGGUGAAAUCAGGUGGCCUUUGGCACUGUCUCUCUUUCUAGCUUGGGCAAUUGUCUAUGCUUCCCUGGCUAAAGGAAUAAAAACAUCAGGAAAAGUGGUAUAUUUUACUGCUACAUUCCCAUAUGUAGUGCUUAUCAUCUUACUUAUCAGAGGAGUUACCCUGCCAGGAGCUGGGGCUGGAAUAUGGUACUUCAUCACACCUAAAUGGGAGAAAUUAAUUGAUGCUAUGGUGUGGAAAGAUGCUGCUACUCAGAUAUUUUUCUCUUUAUCUGCUGCAUGGGGUGGUCUGAUUACUCUGUCUUCCUAUAACAAAUUCCAUAACAAUCUAUACAGGGACACCUUGAUAGUAACUUGUACCAACAGUGCCACCAGUAUAUUUGCAGGCUUUGUCAUCUUUUCAGUGAUUGGAUUCAUGGCCAAUGAGCUCAAAGUGGAUAUUGAAGAUGUUGCAGACCAAGGUCCUGGCAUUGCAUUUGUGGUAUAUCCUGAAGCUUUAACUAGGCUUCCACUUUCCCCGUUUUGGGCUAUAAUCUUCUUCUUGAUGCUUCUUACACUUGGAUUGGACACAAUGUUUGCCACUAUUGAAACCAUAGUGACAUCUGUUUCAGAUGAAUUUCCAAAGUAUUUACGUACCCACAAGCCACUGUUCACUCUUGGAUGCUGCAUUUCCUUUUUCAUCAUGGGUUUUCCUAUGAUCACUCAGGGUGGGAUGUACAUGUUGCAGCUUGUGGACACCUAUGCAGCAUCUUAUUCUCUUGUUAUAAUAGCCAUCUUUGAACUUGUUGGCAUUUCGUACAUUUAUGGCUUGCAAAGAUUUUGUGAAGACAUUGAAAUGAUGAUUGGAUUCCAGCCAAAUAAAUUCUGGAGAGUCUGUUGGGCUUUUGUGACCCCAACUAUUUUAACAUUCAUCCUUUCCUUCAGCUUCUAUCAGUGGGAGCCAAUGACUUAUGGCACCUAUCAUUAUCCAGGAUGGUCAAUGUUAUUAGGAUGGUUGAUGUUGGCUUGCUCUGUUAUCUGGAUUCCUAUUAUGUUUGUGAUAAAAAUGCACCUAGCUCCUGGAAACUUCAUUGAGAAGCUCAAGUUGGUCUGCUCUCCUCAACCAGAUUGGGGGCCAUUUUUGGCUAAACAUCGUGGUGCGCGUUAUCAGAAUAUGAUAGAUCCACUGGGGACAUCUUCGCUUGGACUUAAACUGCCACCAAAAGAUUUUGAAUUGGAAAUACAAUCCUAGUAAUUCUCCUCCUUGUGGCUAUGUUGUACAGUUCUUUCUUUCUUUCUUUCUUUCUUUCUUUCUUUCUUUCUUUCUUUCUUUCUUUCUUUCUUUCUUUCUUUCUUUCUUUCUUUCUCUGAAAGUGGUUUUUUAGGAAGUAAGAUUUAUUGUUGCAUGCUCACAGUAAAUGCUAGAUAGACCACUUUAAGCACUAGAUUUUGUUCUUCAUACCCAUUGGUGCCAGGUAGGAAUACUUCACUGUAGAAGAGUAACAGAUGUUGCAGUAGGAUAAAUUGUUUUGUGAAUGCUGGGCCAAUUUUGCUCUUAGGGCUAAUUUACAUAAUUUGAUUUGUUUGUUGCAGCCACAUGGGUAGAAUACAAUAAUGCAAUUGCUGACACCAUAUGGACACCCAGAGAACAUUGCUUCAGUGUAACAGACAAACCAGUGGAUUGGCCACUUCGUAACAGCACUGGGUUGUUAAUUGAUUGGGGGUUGUACACCUGUGAUUGUUAUGUUCUUGGGAUCUUAAAAAAACAACCAACCAACCUAGCACAAAAGUAUUAUAUGAUAUGAAAAAAACCAGCAAGGGCAAAGCAAACGACCAGCUUUCCUUGACUGGGUUUAUCAUAUUUGUGCUCAUUAAUUUUAAGGGACAUUAAAUUAGACCUAGGAAUCAUUAAAUCAGAUUGCUGUAUAUGCAAAACUGUCUAAAGCUGACAACCAAGUAGUUGGGCUGCAUUCAGGACAAAUCCAUUUUUCAUUCCUGUAUUUCCCAAGAUACCAUCAUUCUUGUAUUUUAAUGAGCAUGUGUGAUAACAACUAUUUAUAGGUAAUAGUAGACAUGUCAGACUAGUGGCCAAUUGCUGCCAAGCCUGGCCAGGUCUGAAACUUGGUGCCUCAAGCCAGUGUUUUCCACUGUAAAAAAAUCUGCUUAUUGAACAAGCUGAGUUUUCAACUUAAAAUACUGUAGCUAAAAUACAUAUGUUCAUUCGGAGCUUAUUCUAAAAUCACUAUGUUUAUCACACGUAGAAGUGAAGUUGGAUUUGGAUGCAUGAAACAAAAAAGAGGAUGCAGCUAAGAACAGAACACAACGGCUGAGACUAGAUUCCUACCUCGCUAUCUAAGUGCAGAAGGGCUUCACUUGAGUUUGACUGGAGUUCUUCAAUAUUGUGCCCUAGGAGUUGAAUGUGGCCCACUGAUUCUGCCAAUAUGUCUUCCAUUCAGUGGCUGCUAGUCAAUGAGCUGCUUUUUAACACAUGCAGCCUUUUAAUAUAAUGCACUCAUACAGAAUGAAGUUUGGCAUAGAUUUGGAGAAAGAUGAACGGGCCUUUCAAGAUUUUUUUAAAAGUUGUAUAUAGUAAACAAAGAAAAGAAAAGAAAAGAAAAGCAUAGCAUAGCAUACUGACUUGUGUCGUGUAUCACAAAGCUGUAUUUCUCUGCUAAAAAAAGAAUAUCAAGGUGAGGCAGAUGGGCACCCCUGCACUAUUUUAUUUAUUUCAAGAACUCAGUAUUCCCCAUCCUUUUCUUCCCCCAAAAAAUGCUUCAUUUAUGAAUAUUGUUUGUGUCUUGAUUUUCUUGGAAAACUGAAGAAGUACUAAUGUCAGGUUGGUUCCAGACUGAUUUCUGUUCUUUUCACUUUUUGAGUUAUAACUUUUUCUUCUGAAGAAGCCAUUGUAUAAUUUGUGCCUAACUUUAUAUUGAUAUAGCAGAAUAUAUAUCUUAGCUUCCACGUACAGAACAAUUAUUAAUAUUUAGCUCUGUAGUUCAGCUGUGUGAUUUGCCCCUGCUUUUUUCUUACAAAGUUAUUUAUACCACCUUUUGAUGUAUUCUUCUCUUUCAGUCAACAGGGGUGAGGGAAAUAGCUCAACCCUGACCCCACUCUAUGUAAAUGUAGUAUUAGUAAUAGUUGUUGUUGUUGUUAUGAUGAUAUAUAAUACAUAACUUCACAAGAUUCUUCUUCAAAAACAACUAUUUUGAGAUGUGCACACCUUAUUUUCAUUCAUCCACUCCCACCAUGUGAUCAUUCCAUAAUCACAUCAUGACCCACCUUUAUAAACUGCAAUGGAAAAGAAACAUUCUCACUUAAGAAAGGGAAAGAAUUUAGCUCAAUGACAUUCUUUCCACAGUUAAUUCUGCAUUGCAUUUCUCCACACAAUAUAGCCCAUAACAUUUUCCUGCAGUAUAUACAGUGCUGUACAAGUAUUGAUUUACAAAAUCAUUUUAAUCUAUUGAGUAGUUUGAGAUGAGAGCUUUGCAAGAACAAUUAACUUUACUGAAACAAACCAGUUCAUUGUAAAUGAGUAGACACAGGGGAGAUAAACAUGCCUUUCAUAAUUGGCACAACUGUAGCAUACAGCAUCCUCUUGUACUUUAUACAUGCAUCUCUGAGGUUUUAAAAAGUGAUCAGUGUUCAUGUAGCAUGUUCUAGGGCUGUUAUAUGUCCCUAUAAAAUAUCUUAGCAACCAGUGUAGAGGUGGUGAAUUCUAGACUAGCCUGCUUGCUUGCUUCUUCUCCACUCCUUGUGUUUGUAAGAGCUGAACUAAUUGUACUUCUUUCAGGGGACUGUUUUAAUUCCUUUUGUCUAUUUGUCUUCACAUUACAGGGUCUCAGGUAACUCUUGUGUUUAAAAUCUGUGUUUGUAGAUAGGCAGAUUUCAUCUUGCUUGGGGAGGGUGGUUAAUGUAUAAAAAGAGAAAACUAAAAUGACUCUAAAUUUUGUUGUAAGUUUACAAAUAUUUCUCAAAAUAUUUAUUUUGUAUUAAAUAUAUAAAAUAGGGUAUAUUCCAGCCAAAGUUCAGCACUUUCCUCUAUUUUUAGUGAAAAAGGUUUUAAAAACAUGUUUAAAGCACUUCAUGGAAAUAUUUGACAGUUAAAGUGGGUUUGAGACUGGCCAAAAUGUCACCUGAAAUCCUUUUGCUGAACUGUCUCUUCCAUGCGGCAAAUGGCAUCCCGCUAUCGGAUGACUGUCAGUCAUUGAGCUGCCAAGUAGAAGCACAAUUAAACAAAUUGCCAUUAGUUGGAAUAGAAAAUAGAUUUUUAAAAAAUCUAUUAACCCUUUUCUCGUUUAUGUUACAUAUCACAAUUUGCUGGGAUUUUCAUCAAAAAGGUUCCAAUGAAAUGAGGGGACAAGUGUGAAUGUUCAUGGGAUAGGUCAGUGGUUCUCAAUCUUUUCUUCACCACAGACCGCUCUUUAAAUAUCUUUUGUGGCCAUGGCCCAUGCUCUCCCCAAGAUUUAACUCAAGAUUUAAAUUAUAACAUUUCUGCAAGC